AAAGAGCCCGUGAAGAUCCUUGUAAUUGUGAAGAUUGUGAAGUUGCCGUGAUUGCAAUCAAGGGUUUCAACUAGAGUGUCUCCGCCAUGAAAACAGAGCGGCAAAACGUCUCGGAGGAUGUUGUUGUCGUCACCGAACGCAAUAAGCGAGCGAAGACCUCAAACAAUGGUGGAGAACCGAUCCCAUUUGAUUUAACUGUCGAGAUUUGUUCGAGACUGCCAGCGAAAUCUAUAUCAAGAUUUCGCUGCGUAUUGAAGCUAUGGGGUUCCAUUCUUCGCCUCCCCUACUUCACGGAGUUGUUCUUGACCAGAUCAUUGGCUCGCCCACAACUAUUGUUUGCCUGCCAUAAAGACAAUCAUGUGUUUGUCUUCUCCUCACCGCAGCCUCAAAAUAUUGAUGAUAACAACGCCUCCUCUCUUUUAGCCGCCAAUUAUCAUAUGAAAAUUCCGUUUUAUGCCUCUUCCUUUGAAAGAUGUAGUUCUGUCAGAGGCUUGGUCUUUUUUGGAGAUGAGCGGUAUUCAAAUGGAAAGGAGCAUAAGGUCUCGGUGAUAUGUAACCCGAGCACCCGACAAUCUUUGACCUUACCGAAACUGAAGACAAGGAAGAGGAUUGGAGUGAGGAGCUAUUUCGGGUUUGAGCCCAUUGAGAAACAAUACAAGGUAUUGUCCAUGACCUGGGGGAUAUAUGGAACACGAGACAUGGACUCUGAGGAGCAUCAAGUUUUGACAUUAGGAACUCGAAAACCGUCAUGGAGAAUGAUCGAAUGUUGGAUACCCCAUUCUCUUUAUCAUACAUACAACAAUGUAUGCAUCAAUGGUGUUCUGUAUUAUCCAGCGGUCAAUACUUCUUCAAAGGGUUUCAUAAUCGUUUCCUUUGACUUUAGGUCGGAGGAGUUCAGAUUUGUUGAAGACACAGACACUUCCAUUUCAUCAUAUUAUGGUCCACAUCUGAUAAACUAUAAUGGUAAAUUAGGUUCACUUGGGUCUGGAGGAUUUGGCGGUAUCGGUGCAAGCUGUACAAGUAUUACGUUGCGGGUUCUAGAAGAUGCCGAAAAGCAUGAAUGGUCGGAGCAUAUAUAUGUAUUACCCGCUUGGUGGAAGAAUAUUUUUGGAGGGGAAUGUACAGUUUUAAGCGUUGUUGGAGUGACUCGGACAAAUGAAAUUGUGUUGUCAUUGCGCUUUCCAUCCACGCCUUUCUACGUUUUCUACUACAAUACAGAGAGAAACGCAAUCAGAAGAGUCGAAAUCCAAGGACAGGAAGCGUUUAAGGAUCAUUCUGUUUACACCUUUCUAGACCAUGUAGAGAAUGUGAAUAUGAAGCUUCUGGAAGGGUUUUAAUCAUGACUUUUAUAACUUUGAGAUUUUUGUAACAGAGCUAGUUUGGCCGUUACUCUUUACUUUCAUCAAUUUUUCAGUUUUCUGUUA